CCUGCUUCACAUUUCCAAAGUAGUAAUUUAUUUUCACGCAAUAAACGGGGAAGUGUAACUGUGUAAUGAGUGUCUGGUGCUCGUGGUCGUGAUUGUUUUAAUGUGUGUUCAAAAUAAAUGCUGAUAAUUAUUUAAAAUUAAUAUUUAUAAGCUUUUGUGAUGGCGCCGAAUUUUAGUAAAAUUACCUCACGGACUGAUGUGAAAAUUGCGUUAGCAGCCUCUGCAGCGCUAAGUGCCUGGGUAAUCAGAAAUUCUUUGAAGUCAAGCAAACAACACAAAAAUGUCAAAUCAAGCCGCCUCUCGCCUGAAGAACAGAUACAAUACAUGAUAAAAGAGAAAAAUAAAAAGGGUCCAAAGGCCCAAGUAGAUGCACGGUUCUUAGCUGAACUGAGUGCACUAUGGAAGAUCAUGAUGCCAUCUUUAUGGUGCAAGGAGAGUGGGUUUAUGGUACUGGUCGCUUUUUCUCUGAUAUCAAGGUCUAUGUGUGAUCUAUGGCUCAUUCAGCACACAACACUAAUAGAGGGAUCCAUCAUCACAAUGAAUCACAAGGAGUUUAGAAGGUUAUUAACACAAUUCUUCAUUGCCAUGCCCGUCAUAUCGUUAGUAAACAAUGCAUUGAAAUGGAGUAUAGGAGAACUGAAGUUAAGACUUAGGACCAAUUUGACGUUGUACCUGUACCAACAGUACCUGAAGGGUUUCACCUACUAUCAAGUAUCAAACCUGGACAACAGGAUAUCUAAUGCUGACCAGCUCUUGACGACCGACAUUGAGAAGUUCUGCGAUACAGUUGUAGACUUAUACAGUAAUAUCAGCAAGCCGAUGCUGGACAUCGGCAUAUAUCUGUACAGAUUGACCGUUAAUUUGGGAGCUUCAACUCCAGGUAUCAUGAUGGCUUACCUACUCCUAUCUGGCGUGUUCCUCACAUACCUCAGAAGACCUACAGCUAAGAUGACUGUUCACGAGCAGAAACUGGAAGGUGAAUUCAGAUACGUGAACUCCAGGCUGAUCACGUAUUCAGAGGAGGUCGCCUUCUACCAGGGCAACCACCGUGAACAACUUACGCUGCUCGCCAGCUUCUACAAGCUGACGAGACAUCUGCGCAACUUCCUCAACUUCAGAGUCGGCAUGGGAUUCAUUGACAACAUCAUUGCCAAAUAUGUGGCCAUCACAGUCGGUUUCUACGCAGUGUCUCGCCCAUUCUUCGCAGUCGACCACAACCUGCUUACUACUGGCACUGAGAAUGAUAGGUUCAAGCACUACUACACGUACGGUCGCAUGUUGGUGAAGAUGGCGGAGGGUAUCGGUCGCCUGGUACUGUCGGGCCGCGAGCUGAGCAAGCUGGCGGGGCUGACGUCCCGCGUCACCCAGCUGCGGACUGUGCUCGAUGAUGUCAACAAGGGCAACUACACCAGGACCAUGGUCGAUAGGAACUCGCAGAAUGGUAGCGAAAUCCCAGCAAUUUUAGCUCCCGGCGCGGGCCGCAUUAUCUACCAAGACAAGAUCAUCCGCUUCGACAAAGUACCGCUCGUCACGCCCAACGGGGACGUACUCAUCAAGGAACUCACUUUCGAAGUCCGGUCCGGUAUAAACGUGCUGGUAUGCGGCCCCAACGGUUGCGGCAAGUCGUCCAUGUUCCGGCAGCUCGGCGAGCUCUGGCCCAUAUUCGGCGGCACGCUCACUAAGCCCCCUAAAGGGAAACUCUUCUAUGUUCCGCAGAGACCUUACAUGACCCUUGGAACUUUGAGAGACCAGAUAAUUUACCCUCAAACCCGCGAGGAGAUGCAAAGACGAGGCCGAUCAGAUGAGCAGUUGCAUCGUUUCCUGGAGAUAGUGCAGCUCUCAUACCUGACUAACCGAGAGGGAUCCUUGGACGCUGUGGAGGACUGGAUGGAUGUUCUGUCUGGUGGAGAGAAACAGAGGAUAGCUAUGGCGCGUCUGUUCUACCACGAGCCCCAGUUCGCGAUCCUGGACGAGUGCACCAGCGCAGUGUCGGUGGACGUCGAAGGACAAAUGUACCAGUACUGCAGAGAGGUCGGUAUAUCCCUGUUCACGGUAUCGCAUCGCAAGUCCCUAUGGAAACACCACGACCAUUACUUGCAAAUGGACGGGCGAGGCGGCUUCGUGUUCGGAGAGAUCGACAACGAGACCCAAGAGUUCGGAUCGUGAUUGUAAACUUUAUAUACAUGUAGCAUAACAAAGAAUAAUGCACAUAGAACGUUGUGAUGAAAAAGAAAACUUAUGUCUUUUGUUAAAAGUUUAUUAUUGUUUGCUAUAUAAAAGAUCUAUGAUAGUCAUUAUGUGUCCACGUUAGAAACAAGAACGCAGUUUUAAAGGUUCAGAUUCAUAAGAUAACUAGCGACCCGCCUCGACUACGUACUGAUGCAAUUUUGAUACUAAAUUUCUCCACUAUUUAAUGCAUGUUAUUAUACGUAUAAAGCUGUUCGCAAUCAAUUGAGAAAAAGAGAAAUCGCAUCAAUAGCUUAGUUUUAAAGAUUGAUUUGAUCAUCCAAAUAAAUAUUUCAAUAAUUAUUUGUAUAUAAUAAUUAUUAACAAAUAAUUAUCAUAUAGGGAUUUGAUAAAAGCGGUUUUAUUUUAUACUAUGUAACAGUGACAAUGUGUGCUCUCUUAGUCGGCCAUUAACGAGACUACCCAUGUACCCUUUCAUACAAUAUAUGUAUCCCUAAAUACAUAAUGGCACAAUCUUGUCUUUCCAAAAGUCGCAUUUAAAAAAAGGUUUUAUUUUUCUUAAUAUUGUCGCCAUGAUGUUCUUAUUUCAAAUUCGUGUAUGUUUAUUUUUUAUUAAAUUUAUCUAAAUUAGUUAAAUUUAGUUCUUCCUUUUUGGAAGUAGGCUAAACAAAGUUCUAUGUGCAUUUGUCUCCAUAGUAUAAUAUACAAAAUGUAAUAAUAAAUUAUGUUGAUCUUUAUACUCUGUUCACUUGUAAACAUUUAAUCUGUGGUUGGUGUAAAAAUAUUUUACAUCUAAAUAUAAAAUUCAUUCAUUUCCAAUUAUCAUCGUAUUUUACAACGAUUGGGGCUCAAAAACUUCUGUAAUCGAGUCCAAAAUGUAUGUAGUA